ACUGUCAGUUCAGGCCGGUGCCAUUUGGGAAUGCGGCAACCUCAGAUCAAAGCCCCAGAGUUCUGGAAAGCUCUUUUGCCACCCGUGGCUCAGGGCUCCAGGACUGGGUGAGAAACCUGACUAUCCAAACUCCCAUAGCUCAUUAAUGCUUCAACAGAGCAUUGGUAGCUCUAUUACCCCUUCCCCAUCCACGGAUCCAAUCUAACUCAACGGGGUGACCGUCUGCCAUUUACCCAAGGGCUUGUAAAACUCGCCAAACUUCCUCAUAAACUCCCAGCAAAGAGGGUUUCAUUUUUAAGAAACUCCAGCCCGGCUCAUAUCGGAUUCCAGAAACCUCGGUGGAGGGAGUGGUGGACGCGGUCUCCAGAAGCAGCAGUCAGGGGGGGCGGAAAAAGGUGAUGUAUAGUUAGCUUUCAACUCCUGGCUCCUUCCCCCCAGAAAUGCUUCACUUCCCAUGGGGUUUUGCAGUUUGCCUUCUCUUCCUUUUGGGCUUGGCUUCUGACCCUUGGGAUCCAUGCUACGAUGCCAACCGCAAUCCACGCUACUGCCUCCCUGAGCUAUCUGAAUUGGCAUCAGGACGUCUGGUGGAAGCAUCCAGUACAUGCAGUAGCAAUAAUCCCCCUGGACGAUUCUGCACCUUCCGAGAUUCGACCGACCCAACCUCAAAAUUCUGCCAGCGCUGCAAAGAGGACGCUCACAUGCCUGAGUAUCUCACUGAUGCAGAUGGUGGUGCCACUUGUUGGUGGUCCCAGCCUGCAACCAACGCUACACUGACUUUAGCCUUGGGGCGUAGAGUGGAAGUUCUCUAUGUGGCUCUCCGAUUCUGCUCCCCGCGGCCAGAAUCUCUGGCUAUUUACAAAUCUAUGGAUUAUGGACGCACUUGGGUGCCCUUUCAAUACUUUUCUGCCUUGUGCCGGCGGCGCUACCAUUUGCCACCAACCCACGUAAUUCUGAAGUCUAUGGAACAUGAAGCAGCUUGCAUUGAGGCCCAAACCACCCCCAAACCUCUCACCGGAGGACUGGUAGCUUUCAUGCCCCUGGCAGGCCGGCCUUCAGCCAGGAUGUUUGAGUAUAGUCCUGUGCUUCAGGACUGGGUGACUGCGACUGACCUUCGAGUGUCCUUUGACCGCAUGCACCCGACACGGAUAUUGGGGUUGCGAAGGCGGGAGGCAUCCUAUGGGGUGGCUGAGCUGCAGGUUGGAGGCAGAUGCAAAUGCAAUGGACAUGCAUCCCGGUGCUCAACUGGGAAAGAAGGAGGAGUGCCUCAGUGUGAUUGUCAGCACAACACAGCUGGGCCAGAAUGUGACACCUGCAAAGCCUUUUUCUGGGAUAGGCCUUGGCAACGGGCAACGCCCAAAGACGCGCAUGAGUGUGUGGCUUGUGAUUGCAACCUCCACUCCCACCGCUGCCGGUUCAGCAUGGAACUCUUUGAACUCUCAGGACGUCGGAGUGGAGGGAUCUGUUUGAAUUGUCGCCACCACACGGCUGGGCGCCACUGCCAGUAUUGCCAACCAGGCUUUAAGCGGGACCUCAGCCGCCCCAUGACAAGCAACAAAGCCUGCAAAGCCUGCCAGUGUCAUCCUAUUGGAGCAAUUGGUGCUAUUUGCAACCAGACCACAGGGCAAUGCCAAUGCAAAAAUGGGGUGACCGGGUUGACCUGCAACCGAUGUGCUCAGGGUUUUCAACAAAGCCGCAGUGCCCAUGCUCCCUGUAUCCGGAUCCAGGAGGUGAUGACAACCACAGCUGCCCCUCCACAGGAAUUGAACACAGAUACUGAAUGCCAGAAUCAUUGUAAACCACCCCGAGGACGGGUACAGAUGAACUUGAGGAACUACUGCAAGAAAGAUUAUGUUCUUCGUGCACAGCUCUUGGCCAUGGAGAAAUCGGGCACAUGGUGGCAGUUCACUGCCUCAGUCCACACUAUCUAUCGGCAACGUCAUGUGCCCAUUCGACGGGGUGAGCAGCCACUAUGGGUACCUGAACAGGAUUUGGCAUGUCGCUGCCUUCACCUCCAAGUUGGUAAAGCUUACUUGAUUAUCGGCAAUGAUGAAGAGUCACCUGACCCAGCCCGACUUAUCUUGGACAAAAAUAGCCUAGCCCUGUCCUGGAGAGAUGCUUGGGCCCAUAAACUGCGCAGCUUUCAGCAGCAGAGCAGACGUGGGAAAUGUCCGGGCAUCUGAAUUACAGUGGCGGAAGGAAAUGGAGGAAGGAAAGGGACAUACAUACAUUUGUAACUGUAGGUUUGAAAUAGGUUGGAGAAAAGCAUGGAACAAAGACAGUAUUUUUAUUUUGACAGUGACUUCCAGUUUCCCAGCCAGCUUGGCUACUGGACAUGAUGGUUGAUGGGAGCUGUGUUCUUAAAAGUAACUUUUCCAAAGUCUGGGUAGAGGUAUCCCAAGCACUACAUGCUCAAGCUGCUGUUAAAAAGCACCCUCAUAUGUAAAAACAGUUGUCCCAAAAAGGGAAUUGAUGCCAAUCUAGUUUUUUUAAUGUUAGUCCUGAGUUCAUACAAUUCUUCUUAUCUCCUUCCUCCUCCCAAUGGGCCUAUGUGUACCGCUAGUCCUUUUUAAAGGCUUAGAGGAGCUCCGGCUGAGCUAGAACUUGCCUUAGGCGAUGCCAGUGGGAAAUAUUUGGGCAGGAGGAAGGCUGUCAAAUCUAGCAGUGGAUGAUAGAACAAGGGCCGAGUUAAAUAGGUUUGAACAAAACACAAGGCCAUCAUAGAGCAUGCAAGGCAGAAACACUGGAGAAUCAGGCUAUCAAUACAUGACAGCUGUAUAUUAUCUCCAGCAUUAAAUGCCCUAUAGCUCUGAAUACCAAUUCUGGGGGAGGACAAGACUAAAGGUGCUGUUACCUUCACAUUUUGCAUACGAGCUUCCCCAUAGUCAACCAUUGUGCGACUAAAUGUUGGACUAAAUAGACCUUAGUCUAAUCCCAUGCUGCUCUUCUUGGCUUCUCCCUACAUUUUAAGUUGAGGUUAUUGUAACUAGAUUUCCCCUUAGCUGAUCCCUACCACCAGAAGAGAAGACGAGGGAAAUGGGGCAGUGUGAAACUGUUUCUGUUCAAACCUCAAGGAGCUGGCUAGUCUCCAAGUGACCUGAACUUAGGAUAUACUUGUCAAAAUAUGCAGUGGGAAAUCAAAUAUAUAUUGCAAAACAAUUGCCUCAUUCUGGAUAUAUGCCAUUAUAUAUAUAUCUAUGUAUUUCUGGAAACAGAGAUGGAAGGUUAGGGCUUGGUCUGCCACUGAACAAUUUAUAUACAUUUAUUGUGGGGAAGGCAUUGCACCAAUACUGGUCACUCCUGUGGUCUCCUUGAGGGAACCAGUAUUGAUGCCAUGAUUUGAGUCUACAUCUUGGGAAGGUAGUCUCAGGUACACACUUUAGCUCAGUUGUUCUCAUCCUGUGGGUCCCCAGAUGUUUUGGCCUUCAACUCCCAGAAAUCCUAACAGCUGGCAAACUGGCUGGGAUUUCUGGGAGUUGUAGGCCAAAACACCUGGGGACACACAGGUUGAGAACCACUGUUUUAGCUGGAAACCAUUUUUAUCUGAAUUGAGACUGGUUAAGCUACAGACAGUAAUAGCCAAUGUGGACUAGUAGUAUGAACACUGGAGUGGGGUAUAAUAUUGGAGACUAGGGCUCAUAUCUCCGCUCAACCAUAGAAACUAGGUGGCCUUGGAUAAGUCAUACUCUCUCAGCCUUAAAAGAAGACGAAGGAAAACCCACUAUGAAAAAGGGUCUCCAUAAGUCAGGGACAACUUGAAGGCACACAUCAAUAUAAAUUAUAGGGCUAAUGAGAGAGAAAAGGGAAGAUUGGCCUGAAAUUAUCUCCAGAAUGUUCAAUUUCACUUCACCUGGAGUCAGAUUUCACAAGGAAGUACAUCCCACUGAGGUGCUUGGGAGUUGUGCAUGAAUUCACAUUGACAUGUUUGCACAAUUAGGGCAAGUCUAAAUGAUUAAAAGGCAAACUUAGUUCUUCUCCAUCAUUUCACAUACACAGAAUCCUAUGAGAGGGAAAAAUUGCUUUCCAGGGCUACUUACAGAUACAAGGUUUCUUUCAGAUGGAAGUGUUCAUUCCAGAGAGAGUUCAAAAUAUUAUUUUUUAAACUAAUGUUUUGAAGUAGUCAUCAAAAAAGCAAGUUUUCCAAAUCUAAUUGUUUCCAGAUUUAAUUAUACUUAAGAAUUAAAUUUAGAACCAGCUUGAAAUUUUUCAUUAUAUUGAGGGUGCAUUCCUAAAGAUCUUUGAGGAAAAUUGUGAAAGUUAAAUUAGUUUUAGAACAAUUUCUCUCUUUACUGUAGUACCAAAACAAUCUACGGAUACCUCAUCUGGAACACUGAAUUACUCCAAAAUUGUCUAUAUGAAUGGUUGUAACAGUGACACCUUUGCUUUCUGAUGGUUCAAUGUACACAAAGCUUGUUUCAUGCAAAUCAUUAUUAAAAUAUUAUAUAUAAAAUUAUC